CUUUUUGAUUAGAUUAUGCAUCGUUUUGGGUUUGAUUCUUUGGUGAUCACAAAUGGAAUGUGGAUUAUGAAAUCUUAUUAGAGUUAUAGUCACAUGGUGGAGGUACAAUGUGAGGGACUGAUCAUUACCAUGUGAUGGUUUUUGUGGCCACCCAUGUGAGAAAGAUCUCAAUUUGAUCUUUGCUUUGUGUUUCUUUGGCUAAAAAACAAAACUUUAUAAGACAUCCUAUGCAAAAUCUUGUCAUGUUCUGAAAUUACAAAUUCUUGUAUUAGUCUUGUGUUGCAAAACAUAUAUUUCUUUUUCAAUAUAAAAUUUUGUUGAAGGGUAUUAGUCUUUUUACGAUUAGUCUCUAUGCAUAAUCUUGUUGAAGAGUCAUCUCCCAAAACUAAUGAGCAUGUAUAGGCUCUUGUUGAAGGGUCAUUUCCCAAAGCUGGCAAAUCAUAAUUACAUAAUCUUGUUGAAUGGUCAUCUCAGGAUCACAGUUUGUCAAAUAGAAACAAUGUCAUCUGGGUUAAGAAAGUUGAAAGUGGACAUGAUUGACUUGGCUUAGAUGAUUGUGUCUCUAUGAAACUGAAGACGCGUGUGAUUAAUAAUAACUGUAAUCCAGUGUGGAACGAACAACUGACCCUUUCCAUCAAAGAUGUGAAUGAUCCUAUCCGUCUGACGGUGUUUGAUAAAGAUAGAUUCUCGGGAGAUGACAAAAUGGGUGAUGCAGAAAUAGACUUUAGGCCGUUCCUAGAAGCGCAUCAAAUGGAGUUAGAUUUCCAGAAGCUCCCCAAUGGUUGUGCAAUCAAGAGGAUCCGUCCAGGCAGGACCAACUGUUUAGCUGAAGAGAGCAGCAUCACUUGGAGCAAUGGGAAGAUCAUGCAAGAGAUGAUUCUUAGACUAAAGAAUGUGGAGUGUGGGGAAGUAGAGCUCAUGCUUGAGUGGACUGAUGGUCCAGGCUGCAAGGGUCUGGGACGCGAAGGAUCCAAGAAGACACCAUGGAUGCCGACAAAACGAUUGGACUAAGAUGCAGAAAUGUUAAAACAGAGACCGUGAAGAUGUGAUGGUAUUUUUUCGUUAUGUUCAUGGAAAGACGAGUUUGUCUUUGUCUCAUCAGAGUUUAAAUUGACAAAAAAGGCUCUGCUUUGGUCUUUAGUUGUACAUGUCGAAUAACUCAACCCUUAUAUAUAUUGUAUCUGUUUCUACUAAUUGAAGAAAUAAAGCAAACCCUGAAUUUCUAGAACC